ACAUGCCGAUGAAUUCGAAAAUUUAGAGUCAUCGCAGAGACAAAAAAGGAGGAAAUAUCGAAAAAAAGAAUCAGUCAAGUACGAGUGUGAGAUAUGCAAGAUAGAGUUCAGCCGGCACGGUGAUUACAGGCGACACAUGGUGAAGCAUAGUGAUCUUAGGCCAUACAAGUGUUCCGUAUGUGGAAAAGCAUUCAAGCGCUCCUCGGAGGUGACCAGUCACAUGCAGAUUCAUCAGGGGAUCAAGUACACUUGUGAAAUAUGUAACUUCACCACAACGAACAAAGUCUCUUUGCGCACCCACAAUCGUCGGGUUCACCAGAAGGACUUUCGUUAUCAUUGCGAGCAGUGCACCAAAGGAUUCAUGUCAAAUUAUGAUCUCGAAGACCACAAAGCCAGUCACCUUGGCACCAAAACCUUCAUCUGCGAGUACUGUGGUAACGCUUACUCCCAGAAGUCUUACUUGGUCGCCCAUAAGAGAGUCAUUCACGGGAUACAGAAGAGUGCCCCCAAGGAAUAUCAGUGCCAGACCUGCAACAAGAGCUUUGCCUCCGAGUACAAUUUGAAAAAUCACAUUGGCCUGCACUCUCAAAAAUUUCUUUGCGCUCAUUGCGGCAAGGAGUUCGCAACGAAUCACGCUCUGAAGCUUCACAAUCGCAAGCAUACGGGCGAGCGACCCUAUCAGUGCAAGUCUUGCUCAAAGGCUUUCGCUAGAUCCGCCGCUCUUCGUGUUCAUAAGCUCACUCACACCGGAGAGCGACCCUACGUUUGUGACCUUUGCGGUCAGAGCUUCACGCAGCGCAGCAGCAUGAUGGCUCAUCGAAGAAAGCAUCCUGGUAUUCAUCCACCGCCGCCGCCCUUGCUUCUCAGCAGACUGGAGAACAGUGUCAAGUCUGAAUGACGUCGGGGAAUACGAACGUUUUAUUAACCGACGAAUCACACAUUCUCCAAGCUUCUCCCUACUUCGUAUCUUUUUCAAUUUUGAUACGAGUCGACAUGUGAAUUGCAAACUACGAGCUAGGAUCUAUCGAUUCAUCCGCUCCUUUAUUGUCGGGACGGAAUGGUAACCAGGUGCAGCUUUUGGCUCAUGUUCGCCAUUCUCAAAGUGAAAUCGAACAAUCUCGUGUGCGUCGUACUUAUGGUGUAGCAGUAUAUACCGCGCAGAGUCUGUAAAUACCUUUGUCAAUUUUUAAUAAAGCAGCGUAAUACAAGGAAAAGUCCUUAAAUGGCAUAACGCGUUCUUCGUCUUUGCUUUCUUCAAUUUCGAAUCCGACAUUCUAUCAAAUGCGCACGAAGAAAUUUUAUAGAAUGCGUGUGCUUUCCCCAACGCCGACGUCUCAAUAACGUAAACCAAGCGAGAUGGCUGGAACAUGACUCGUCAUUCAAGUUUUUCGAUGAAGAGUUCGAAAAUGAAGCUUCGACUCGUUUGUGUAAGUGAAUCCUACUAAUCUUAACCAAUGGUGUUUCAGGACCAGCUAGCCAUUCGUCUUCGAAUGGACGUCUUCGGACGUCAAGGUAGAGAUCUCGAGAUCGUUUCAAUCCUGGAAGUGGAGUAUCAUAUUUCUUUGCAGUUCCACACAUUUCUUUUCUCAAGAAUGUCGAAUAAAGAAAUCUCUCCCGUUUCGAUCAUGUGAACUUUCUCUUUUGCAAAAUCCCUAUUAACUCUUCUUUGCACAAUCAACUCCGUGCCUUUUAAAGCAUGGGAAUUUGACUAAACUUGGAAAUUUUCCAGGACUCUUGCGAAACGAGCCGCUGAAAGAGUGGCGCGUCCAGUUCCAGUGUCCUUUCCAGCCUCGAGCCCUCGUCCUCGAGGACAACUGCGACCAAGUCAACGAAGACUCGUUAGAAAGAAGCGAGACAUCGCAAAUGUUAGCCACUCUGCCGGUCCUGAUGCUCGAAGAAAAGAAUAUGCAUUUCGCAUUUGGCAUUCCGGAAUUUCCAUCGAAAUCGGAAGAGUCCAAGAACUUCGAAGAAAGGACGUCUUCGAGCGCUUCGAGACGUCCGUCGCGCACUUGAGUAAUUUUAGAAAAUUCGAAAUAUCCGAGGACUCGGGUGGCAAGAGCAACGAUGACUCUCAAGUUCGAAUCACUGAAACGCAUUCGCCCAAUUUGCGGGAAGAAAGUUCUCAAUUACAGAAAAUUUAAAAAGCACGUCCGUGCUCGUUCGACGAGCGAUCUUACAGCCUGCUCAGCUAAAGGCGCACAAGUGGACCUGCCUGGAAGGCAGCAGGCAGUUUCGCCUGAAAUGUGACUUCAUCGGGCACAUAAUAAAUUCCCACGCGAACGUCUUGUGUGACUGCGGAAUAUACGGGCAGUCCGUUCGCGACCUCAAGUAUCACGAGUGGAAGCAUCAGAGGGAUGGGAGCGCCUACAAGCUUUCCUGCGUAUUUGCAACCAAAAGUUCAAGUUUCAGAAAAAACUGAGGAAUCACAUGACGAUGAACGAGAUUAACUCGACUUCAGCGUGCCGAGUGCGGAAAGAAUAGCAGACUCUUUAGUAGCGGACGAGCCUAACGCUGAACGAGCAUGUGACCAAUGCUGGACCAUGCGGAGGCGACGCUCGCACAGGUGCGACUUGUGUGGCCAAGGAUUCACUCAGAGAUCCAGCAUGAUGAGACAUUGGUGGAAACAUUCGGGCGAACAUCCACCACCUCCCAAGAUAUUGAUAGCGGCUAUCACGAGAAACCUUAUUCAGGCAUUCAGGCUCAUACUCACAGUCAAAAAGAAUAAUUUGGGCAGCGUCGAUCACCGAAAUCAGUGCUACCUGCCCCACGGAUGCCUACUACUCUUGGCAAAUAAAGACUCGACCGGAUGCCUUGUAUGUGACAAUAAUGACUUGCGAUUAACAAUCAAAUAAAACGUUGUCAUCUUCAA